AACCACUUGUCUUGAGUUGAGUCUUGAGCCAGCCACAGUCACAGUUGCGUUGUUUAGUUGCUCGGAUUAGGACGUGUGUGUCGUUUAGAGCGCACGUUACAGUUACAACAGCAACAUGGAGUUUUCAUCAUAUCGAAUAAGCUUAUACUGGCUGCUGGGAUUAUGCCUAUUGUUAUUCGAAACAGACACUGCAGCGGCUCAGAACAAGCGUGGAUUACGAGUUAGCAGCGCACGCAGCUUUGGAACUAAUGUGAAGUCAACGAGCGGCUCGAAUGGCAUCAGCUUCGACUGCCCCGAAGAGUUCGGCUACUAUCCACAUCCCACAGACUGCACUCAGUACUAUGUCUGCGUCUUUGGCGGCGCGCUGCUCGAGAGCUGCACUGGCGGGCUCAUGUACUCGCAUGAGCUGCAGACCUGCGACUGGCCACGUAACGUGGGCUGCGAGGUGGUCGACAGCGGCACCUCAGGCACGGCCAACGCUCGUGCGCAGACAUCGCAGCAGCAGCAGCAUCAGCAACAUGUGCCCAGUCGCAUCAGAUUUGGCGUCGCAUUCAGCAGUCCAGCCCAGGAGCCGGCGACGGAGAAAGCAGCCACAGUGCCGCCGCAGUAUCAUCGCUCGCCACCGCAAAUAAUUCAGGCGCAGGUGCACAAUGUGCCGCCGCCGCCGCCGCCAGAGCUGCGUGUGGCGCCCAAUCCGGUGGUCACGGUGCGCGGUCACCCAAAGCCGCUUUUGGACUCACGCGAGGAUAUUGCAAAGCUAUAUACUGAGGCAGAGGAAACAUUGCCGCCUGUUGAGGAGGAGGACAGCAAUCGCCAGCAACGUGUCUAUCGUGGACAGCCAAGUCCCGUUAGCCAAGUGCAGCGUGAUCGCGAUGGCAUUGCCAUACAGCAGGCCAGCAUCAAUGCCAUACCCAAUCAUGGCAAGAUAGGCUCCUAUGCCUUUGGCACUGCGUUCAGGGUUGAGUCAUCCUCACCAUCAUCGCUGGUGGCGCAAACAUCCGAUAACAUAUUUCUACAACCAAGCUCACCAGCUCCACCACCGCCACAGUUAGCAUCCAAUCGUAACUACUAUAAUACAUCCAUAUACAAUCAUGGGGUGGUCGGCUACCAAACACUUCAGCAGGCGAAACAGCAACAGCUACAACAACCACAUCAACAACAACAACAACCGACACCAUUCCAACAACAACAACAAGCGCAACAACAACAACAACAGCCACAAGAUUUAUCAAAUACUUAUGAUUCAUCAUACUAUUCUGUGUAUGAUGAUGAUAUCGAUUUAUAUAGGGACAUUGAAUAUCAGCAACAGCAACAGCAACAGCAACAACAACAUCAGCAGCAGCAGCAACAGGCACCUCAGCAAUAUCAACAGGAUAUACGCCAGCAGCAGCAGCAGCAGCAAACUACUUAUCGUCCUUUGGAAUUACUAACCACACCCACAACAGCAACUCAACGUCCCAGCUAUAUACAACCCCAGCUAAGCUAUAAUGUGGACUACGAUGAGGAGCCACAGAUCGAGCAGGAGAAUGUCUAUGAGCAGCCAACCCGUGCUCCUCCACAGCGGCCCGAUGAGGUAACCAUACAGUCUCUAGACGCACGUGCCACAGCUGCAACAACAGCAGCCUAUGAUACGCGGCAUCAUUACGAUACUGUUGUCGGCUAUGAGGAUACGGAUUACAGCUAUGGCAACAAAGCAACAGCGGCGGGUUCCUAUCAGAGCGAGCGUCCCGCUGCCGCUCCCGUAAAAGUUACGCAGAAACAAGUGGAUGCUGAUUAUUAUGCCAAUGAUGUGACCAUGAGAUCAAAUGCCUUUAGAGUAGCUUCGACUACGCCCAAGUGGAAAGAGACAACAGUGGCCAGGACAACAAAAACCACUACGCCAUAUGUUAAGCUCACAAAACCUACAACAACAACAACAACGACUACAACAACAACAUCCACAACAACCACACAAAGUCCCUCAAGAAACAACAAUAGAAACCGCGGCAGCACAAUAUAUACCAAUCAGGAUCGCGAUGUUGUGCCUACAUCAAAUCGAGGAACACAUCCACCACGAACACGCCCAACGCUGAAGCCCUCUGGCACUAUAGUGUCGAAGGCUCAAGAGUUUGUGGAUAUCUACAGAUAUCCACCAACGCGCCCGGAUCCACUCUAUCCACAGCCAACGCCGGAUAAAACUGCUGCCAAGUGCCGCAAGGAUGUUUGCCAAUUGCCAGAUUGCUACUGCGGUGGCAAGGAUAUUCCCGGCGAGUUGCCGGUCGAAAGCAUUCCACAAAUUGUGCUCCUCACAUUUGACGAUUCUGUCAAUGAUCUGAACAAGCAAUUGUAUAUAGAUCUGUUUGAGAAGGGCCGUGUCAAUCCCAAUGGCUGUCCCAUAAGCGCAACGUUUUAUGUUUCUCAUGAAUGGACUGAUUAUAGUCAAGUUCAGAAUCUGUACGCCGAUGGACAUGAAAUGGCAUCACACACAGUUUCUCACAGCUUUGGCGAACAGUUUUCGCAAAAGAAAUGGACUCGUGAGAUCGCCGGUCAGCGUGAAAUACUUUCGGCCUAUGGAGGUGUUAAGCUUGCUGAUGUACGUGGCAUGCGAGCUCCUUUCCUCUCAGUGGGCGGCAAUAAGAUGUACAAAAUGUUGUACGACUCCAACUUCACCUAUGAUUCAUCCAUGCCAGUCUAUGAGAAUCGCCCACCCUCCUGGCCCUACACAUUGGAUUAUAAGAUCUUCCACGAUUGCAUGAUUCCACCAUGCCCAACUCGCAGCUACCCAGGCGUUUGGCAAGUGCCAAUGGUCAUGUGGCAGGAUCUAAAUGGCGGUCGUUGCUCUAUGGGCGAUGCCUGCUCGAAUCCCAGUGACGCCGACGGAGUUACGAAAAUGAUUAUGAAGAAUUUCGAGCGUCAUUAUACCACAAAUAGGGCACCAUUUGGACUGUUCUACCACGCCGCUUGGUUUACUCAACCCCAUCAUAAAGAGGGCUUUAUCAAAUUCCUUGAUGCCAUAAACGCCAUGCAAGAUGUCUGGAUCAUUACAAAUUGGCAGGCACUUCAAUGGGUGCGAGAUCCUACUCCUACAUCGCGCAUUAAUUCCUUCCAACCCUUCCAGUGUGACUAUUCGGACCGUCCAAAGCGCUGCAACAAUCCGAAAGUUUGCAAUCUCUGGCACAAGUCUGGAGUUCGUUAUAUGAAAACUUGUCAGCCCUGCCCCGAUAUUUACCCAUGGACUGGAAAGUCUGGCAUUAGAUCAUCGCGUAUAGACAAUGACAAUGUAGAAGAAACAGCAGCGUAAACACUAUAUCCUAUAUUCAGAGUCUGGAACUGCAUGAGAAUGUAAAUCAACGCUUACAUGGCCGAUAAAGUAGAGUAGAAAGUAGUACGCGACAAUAGCACAAAAUACGAUAUUCACUCGAUAAGAAUGUACUUCAAUGUCUCAACUACAUACAAACAUAUGUACUUUCUGUAGCUAAUUUGUUAAACAGUAAAUCAUUUAACUGGUUUACCUUUCGGAGAAUGUUACUCAAAAUAUUUAUUCCCUAACUAUAUACAAAUUUGAAUAUCUAAUUUGCUGCCCUUUCUAUAUGUAAGUAGUUUGAAAACGCAAUAUUAGAUUAACUAUUUUGAUUUUGAAUAUUCUUACAAGAAGCCUAAUAGAAUAUCCACUUACUGUAUAGUUAUUAAUACGUAGAUGGCUAGGCAAAGUAGAUAUAAAAUGUAAAUUUAAUUUGUGAUAAAUUUAAGUAACACUACAUGCGUCCAUAACUUUAGGUGUAUGAAACAAAUUAGGCAUGAUUCUCAAUAAGAUUCUGCAGUACUUAUUCAUAAGAGUCCAAUUUUCAUCAACAUAUGUAUUUAUCUAAGCACAAAAUCCAUUUUAAAUUAUGUAUGUUCUUAACUUGUUAAACAUUAUGGGUAAUGGGGUUGCCUAGCAUAUAUACAAGGAAUCGUUCAUAUAUAACUACGUCAAGAAUUCACUAAAUGCCCUACUCAACUUAAAGAAAACCCAUAAAAAUGUUUUACGAAAUCGAAUUUUUUACAUUGCAAUGACGAAUUAUAUGAACGGUAUCCUACAUAAAGAAAACAUAAAUAAAUGUAAGAAAUAAAUAAAUGUACUUCACUACAUUUUAUACAUGAUUUAUUGCAUUUUACAGUGUAAGAUUAGAAAUUAUUAAUCAAAUACUCAAAUCUGAAUUCUGAAACCUUUGAGCACUUAACAUUGUACUAUGAACCGCAGUUCAGAUAAAAGGCAUAUUAAUUCAUAAAAAGCUUAAAGGGUAUGAUGGAUGUACGAUGUACCAAUAUGAAAGUAUUAGAUGAAUUUGAUAUGUAUAAAAACUAGAAAUGAUAAACGAUUAGAGUUACUUUUGAUGUUAUUGUACGUAUGAAAUGCAAUUAGUGAGUGAAUUAUGUGUUUUGUGCUAAUGAAUGUAAAAAUUAAAUGAAGUAUGAAUAUAAUAAUAAAUGCGAUAUUAUAAUGAAUAAGCAUUA